CUCUUCUGAAAUUGGCUCUUAUGGCAUGGUGCAGGGAAGGGUGAAAAUACGGAAAUUCAGUGAUUCACUCACGCCCACGAUCUCGAACCUUUUACCCAACCCAUUGUAGAAAAUGCGGACAUUUGAACCAUUCGUCAUCUACAUAAUAUGGAGAAAGUGUAAUCAAUCAUGUAUUUUGAUUGAGAGUAAAAGAUUUGGCCUUUCCAUGGCUCUAGUUUUUUCGGGUACGAUAAGCAUUUUCUAUUCUACUUCGGACUUUAACCUAAUAAUAUAUUGGGGAUUGAAGAGUAUUUGGAUGAAGAGGUAUACAUGCCCUUCGGCUCCCUGGGACAAUGACCCUAGACAAAAUGUAACAUACACCUGCUAUCUGGUAAUAGCUGGAUGAAAUAGGCCGCGUACAGCGUGACGACAAAGCAAUUAAAUUAAUUACACGGUGGCAAUCAACUGACUCCAAUAUUUUUCUUUUGUAAUUUGUAUCCUUUUUCAAGGUUCGCCCGUACAACAACCCGAUUAAAUAAAGCGAUACCCGCAAAUAAAAACAAGGAUAAACAAACGAAAAAAGACCGUAAUUAGAAGAUAAUGUCUGACCAGCGCGACUCAAUCCGACGUGCCUCCUUUAUCACCGACAAAGAUUAAUUUUAUUUCAAACCAAUCUUAAGAAAGGAUAAUAGCGUUUAAAACGUAUUAAAACUUAACCAGAUUAAGAGCAGAUUUUCUACAUAAUUACACUUUAUAACUUUUACGCAGAGAAACUAUGCUUGGCCAUUCUAAUAUGGUUUUCAGUCCCUACAGUAUAAUAUAGCUUUAGCACCGAAAUUGUUUAUAAACGAGCAUUUUCGACAAGCUCUUAAGUUUUACGUAGGUAGAUAUACCUACUUUAUGUACGUAUAUUUCAAUUUCAAAUAAACAAUGACGUUACAUUAACAAAGGUUUAAUUUGUUUCAGGUGAUGAAUGCUCUGGGUUGGGAGUGAGUAUGUGAGUGGUAGAAUGUGCGAGCAUGGCGGAGGCGGGGGGCGGCAACUGGUCGCUGGACGAGGGCGCGUGGGGCGCGGCGUGCGCGGCGCCGGCGGGCGAGGGGGCGCUGGGCUCGGCGCUCUUCCAGGCCGGCGUGUGCGGCAUGUACUGCGUGGUGUUCGUGGUGGCGCUGCUCGGCAACGGGCUGGUGUGCCUCGUGGUGGCGGGCUCGCCGCGCAUGAAGACCGUCACCAACUACUUCAUCGUGAACCUGGCCGUGGGCGACAUGCUGAUGACGCUGCUGUGCGUGCCCUUCUCCUUCGUGUCCACGCUGCUGCUGCGGCACUGGCCGUUCGGCGGCGCGCUAUGCAAGGCGGUGAACUACUCGCAGGCGGUGUCGGUGCUGGUGAGCGCCUACACGCUGCUGGCCAUCUCCGUGGACCGCUACAUGGCCAUCAUGCGGCCGCUGCAGCCGCGCCUGGGCCGCGGCGCCGCCAAGCUGGUGGUGGCGGCGGUGUGGGGCGGCGCGCUCGCCACCGCCGCGCCCAUCGCCGCCGUCUCCACGCUGCAGCGCCCCUCCGAGUGGCACAUCCUGUGUGAGAGGGACAUCUGCGGCGAGCAGUGGUCGACCCCCGAGCAGAGCGCGCAGUACACGUGGGCGCUGCUGGCGCUGCAGUUCGCGCUGCCGCUGGGCGCGCUGGCGGGGACCUACGCGCGCAUAGCUGCCGCUGUGUGGGGCGGGCGGCCCCCGGGCGAGGCGGAGAGUGCGCGCGACUCACGCAUGCAGAGGUCUAAGAGGAAGAUGAUCAAAAUGAUGGUGACUGUAGUGGCAGUGUUCACGAUAUCUUGGCUUCCUCUCAACGUGUUCAUUGUGCUCUGGACGGUCCACCAGCACGACGACAGCUGGAGCCUGUGGCCCGGCAUGCCGUACCUGUGGUUCGCGAGCCACUGGCUGGCCAUGUCGCACACCUGCUACAACCCGCUCAUCUACUGCUACAUGAACCACCGCUACAGGAGAGGAUUCAAACAAGUGAGUGACGGUGACAGUGCACGAGCACGACGACAGCUGGAGCCUGUGGCCCGGCAUGCCGUACCUGUGGUUCGCGAGCCACUGGCUGGCCAUGUCGCACACCUGCUACAACCCGCUCAUCUACUGCUACAUGAACCACCGCUACAGGAGAGGAUUCAAACAAGUGAGUGACGGUGACAGUGCACGAGCACGACGACAGCUGGAGCCUGUGGCCCGGCAUGCCGUACCUGUGGUUCGCGAGCCACUGGCUGGCCAUGUCGCACACCUGCUACAACCCGCUCAUC